ACACUUUAAACCACGUGACCCUCCCUAUAUCAACACACGGACGCCAUUAAUAUUAAAAGCAGAGAGACGGAAAAUCAGAGGGUGCAGUUUAGAGAUGGAUUCGAAAUCUCGUCGGUUUCCGUUUGCUGUCUCCAGCUCUUCCUCGCUGUCAUCGCCGUCCUCACUCUCCUCCUCAUCUUCAGCGCUCAGUGCGAGCAGACUCUAUGGCAGAGGGAGCGUAUUGGGAAGAGAUCGCUUUAGCAGAGAAGCUUCUGUCAAAUUAGACUCUGACUAUCAGAGCUCUCGUCUGCUGAGCUCUCCAAGAGGUUACAAUUCAACUGAAAGCCGUCACUCCAACUGGAAGCUCUCUACUCCUGUCUCUCUGUCUUCAUCAUCAUCGUCAUCUUCAUGUGAUCGAACAUGGACAGGAUCCACCAGUGGGGACCGAAGCAGACUUACCGACUCUGAGAGAAGACCGGGAACCUACUGUGGACUUCUUGGCACAUCCCAAGACAGCGAGUCUAAAAGAGCAAAACUUUCCUACACGAAUAGAGCAGGAUAUCCCAGAACCCCAUCGGCACCUAAACUUGCCAGUUCUUAUUCCACUUUAGGAAAUUCUUCAUGGAAAUCCUCCAUCAGUCCUUUGUCUAGAUCCUCUUCAUCAUCCCCCUCCUCAUCUUUGUCCACUCCAUCAGAGGGUCUUUGGGCUCGCAGAGAUUUGGAGAAGAGGGGGGAUUCAGGACUGACCUCACUGGGGGAGUCUAGUUACCGGCCUAGCGGGUUGACAUCUUCACUGUACCGCUCUGAUCGUGUUACCUCCACCUAUGCACAAGGUGCUCGACCCAAAGAGAGCCAGUAUUUAUCCCACAGAGAGAAUGGUUCAUCUAGUCGACGUAUCUCAGCCGAGUAUCUCCCUUCUCCUCUGGAGCGCAGCUCCUACAGGAUGACCUCAGAUUACCAGUCUGGUCCAUUCUCUCGUGAUAUGCCACGCUCCAGCUCUAGCUCCACCAGAACCACAGCCUCUGUCUCGGAACCAUCCCAGCGCUCAUCCUGGAGCUCCACCCCUUACACGCCCCUCACUGACUGUAGCUCCAGCCCUCCUUCCUCUAGCCCCGCCCCCACUCCACUUCCCGCUCAGAAUGGCGGUGAUUCAGAUGGCAGGCGAACAACCAGGCGUCUGCUAUCUCGGCUUUUCUCCCGACGCUCCAGUCAGGAAUCAAACUCUACCACCAGCUCUGCCUCUGAUUCAAGGUCAUAUGACUCAAGCCCAGAUGAAGCCCCAACCUCUGAAGCUUCUCCUCCUGUCAAUAGAGAAAAUUUGGAAGCAGAGUUGAGGAGCUUGCGCAGACGCGGACCAGCUCUCGCUCCAGUACAGGAGAGCUCUGUAGUAGAGCCCGCACAGGAAUCGAUCAGAUCUCCGACAGGCCUGUCCUGGCUGAACUGGAACCGCUGUACCCCACUGUUUUCUCGACGCAGGAGGGAAGGGCGUGAUGAAAGCGCCCGCAUGGACCCUCAUCGUUCAACCCAAUUCCCUCUUGGUGACCGAGAUGGCCGUAAAACACCCGACCGGGCCACAAAUUGUGAUGAUGAUGAUGAAGAGGAGUCCUCUGAGGGUGCCACAUCAGCAUCCUCUUCUGGAGCCUCAGGUCUCUCUGCAUCACUACUGCAGGACGGAGUCCGUCUGGCAGGACGAAACCAUAGCAUGGGCAGACUGAUGACCAGCCCACUCUUCCGUAUGCCUGAGAAUAUGAUAAUUGGGGUGGGAGUGGGAGCAGAAGGGAGGAGUCAAACUGAUGAGCAGCCCGCCCCCUCCAGAGACCCAGAGAGACUGCGAAAGAUUCAGGAGAGCCUGCUGUUGGAGGACUCUGAUGAGGAGGAGGGUGAUCUGUGCCGAAUCUGUCAGAUGGGGGAGCAGUCGAGUUCCAACCCUCUGAUCGAGCCCUGCAAGUGCACUGGCAGCCUGCAGUUUGUGCACCAGGACUGCAUUAAGAAAUGGCUCCGCUCCAAAAUCAGCUCUGGUUCUAACUUGGAGGCAAUCACUACCUGUGAACUUUGUAAGGAAAAACUGCACCUGAACAUUGAGAACUUUGAUAUCAAUGAGCUCUACAGAUCUCACGAAAGGUCGGAGUACGAGUUCAUAAGCUGCGGGCUGUACCUGGUGGUGCUCCUGCAUCUGUGUGAGCAGAGGUUUUCUGAUGUCCUGGGUGCUGUAAAUGAUGCUGGGUUUUUCAACUUGGCGAGAACUCUACAUGAACACAUGGACAAUCUUGAAAGUUCAUAUGCAGAAUCUGAUGAAGAUGAGGUGGAGGACAGCAGGCCGUCCAUCGACUUCUGUGACUUGGAGGAUGAUGAUGAAGAAGAGGAGGAGGUUUAAUGUGUUGGCAGGGAUGGAGGGGUGGCUUAGUCUGUCUCAGCAUCCUCCCACUUGCUCUUCUUGACCUGUGUCCUCCUGUGUCACUGUUCUUAGCCUAUCACAAGGCUUUCAUAAUAUGCAGAUCGUCUACAAACUGUAUGGGAGCUGUUUGAAUACUGUUGUUGUUAUUAUUAUUAUUAUUAAUUUUUUUUUUUUUUUUUUUUUUUUUUUGGUUCAGAGGUUGGUGAGCAUUCUAAAGCUUUAUUCAGUAAAAAAAAAAAGUAUGGUGAACAGAUGACUGCCAUGAGUGCUUUAAAUAACUAUGCUUCGAAGCUGGUUUGGGGAAAGAGAGGAUCUUGGAUGAUUCAUACUUUUACACGAGGAACGUUCAUCCACUCAUUUAUAGAACCGAUUGAAAAGAUUAUGUUUGUUAUCAAUGUCUUUAUUUUAAAAAAUAAAUAAGACCGUUAAUUUCCUGGUUUUUGUUUUUAUGUUAUUAAUACACUUUUUGUUUUUGGAGAAUGAGGUUGAAUGAGAAAAUGUGGUCACCUUUUUUUUUUUUUUUUUUUCUCUCUCUCUCAAGACUUUCUCUUUACAGAAGACCUUUUCCACAGUCUGUUUGUAUGUUGUACAUUGUUAUAAUGUAAUUCGCUUGAAUUAUUACAAUAAAAUGGAGGUAUUUCAAUACCCCACAAAAAAC